AUGAGAUCCGUCGCAACUCUUGCGACUGGCUCGCUGAUAGCCUCCGUCGCACAUGCCCAGGUCGUGCAAUGGGACAUUGCGAAGCGCGAAACAAAGGCGGCGGUAAAUGGAUUGCGUAAGCGCGAGGCUUCAACAUACGAGGAGAUUGUCAACAACGAGAAGAACCGAGGCGGUUACUUCGCGACAACAAAGGUUGGCACACCGGGUCAGGACCUGACUCUCCAGUUGGAUACAGGAAGUAGUGACAUCUGGGUUCCCGCGAGUUCUGCAUCCGUCUGUACAGAAACCUCCAGCAGUUCGAGCGUCAACCAAGGCUGCGAUUUUGGUUCUUUCGAUUACGAAGCCUCCACAAGUUUCGAUGAUGUCGGCCCCGGCGAGUUCAGUAUCAGCUACGUGGAUGGUAGCCAUUCGAAAGGCGAUUACUUCACAGACAACUUCGAGAUCGGUGGAGCGACCCUGACAAAUGUGACGAUGGGCCUGGGCCUGGACACGGACAUUCCCUAUGGCCUUGUAGGUGUUGGCUACGCCCUGAAUGAGGCAGCCGUCGCUGGAGGACUGUCUGAGGUGUACGACAAUCUUCCUGUACAGAUGCAGAAGGAGGGAUUGAUUGCCACCAACGCUUACAGCUUGUGGCUCAACGACCUCGACGCCGGCACAGGCAGCAUCCUGUUUGGCGGCAUUGACACCGACAAGUAUGAAGGCGACUUGAGCCGUAUGGACAUCAUCAAAGACCCUCAAACAGAAGCUUUCACUUCCUUCAUCGUGUACAUGACAUCCAUGUCGGCCAGCUCUUCGUCCGGUACAGACGCGUUGUCCUCGCGCCAGUUCCCUAUUCCCGUGGUCUUGGACUCGGGCACAACCCUAAGUUACCUGCCAACAGAUCUCGCCACGCAGAUUUGGAACGAAGCCGGCGCCGUCUAUUCCUCCGAUGUGGAUGUGGCCGUCAUCCCGUGUUCUAUGGAGACCAGCAAGGGCACGUUCGAGUUCGGCUUCGCCGGUGAUAACGGUCCCAAAAUCAGCGUCGGUAUGGACGAGCUUGUCUUGUCCCUGACUACCGGGGACGCUCCCAAGUUCCAGACUGGCGCGUACAAGGGUCAGGACGCGUGCCAGUUCGGCAUACAGAACUUCAGCAGCGACCCCUUCUUGCUCGGCGACACUUUCCUCCGAUCUGCUUACGUCGUCUACGACUUGGUGAACAAUCAGGUCGCGCUUGCGAAGACCGAUUUCAACGCAACAACCAGCAACAUUGUUCAAUUUCCCAGCAAGGGUGCCCAGAUCCCGAGUGCAACCGUGGUGGCGAACCAGGUUACCGCGUCCGCUGCUACGGGCAGUCUGACGACACCGACCUAUGGUGCGAGCGCUGGCUUCACCGACUCUGGUAGUGACGGGUCUACAAGUGCGGCGGUCACGGUGCCGGCGUUUGACUGGGCACAAGUCGGUGUCAUCGGCGCUACUGUGGUAUUCACGCUCGUUGGCAGCGGAUUCUUCCUUCUGUAA